AUGGUUUGUUUACCCUGCUAUGGAACUCAUGUUUGUGCCGGUGCUGCUCUAGCAGCAGCUGGACUUGUUGCUGCUGUUCCCGGGGGUCCUAGGGCAAUGAGGUGGAACAACAACACCUCUGGAUUUAUUCUUAGGAGGAUGGCUCAACUUCUUAGUGAUGGUAGCAGGCCUGACAAGGUCUUCAAGGACAAGGAUGUCAACUCUGUUGCUAAAGCCUUUAAGGAGUACAGUGGGGAGGCAGUGAGCCCAACUCAGGUGUAUAACCACUUGAGGAAAUGGAGGCAGAAAUGGUCUAGGGUGUCUAAGCUCAAAGACCUUAGUGGGGCUUUAUGGGAUAGUGACUCCAAUGCUAUCUUGCUUGAUCAGGAGCACUACCUUGGCCACUGCAAGGACCAUCCAAAAGAUGCAGAGUUCCUAAAUUGCCCUAUUAGGUUCUACACUGAGAUGGAGGCCAUUUUUGGCCAUGCUAUGGCCACUGGCAAAUUUGCACUUGGUUCUGGUGAAGCCUUAGGACAGAACCAGGUUGAUAGUGUUGCUGCCAAGGUUGAGGGACCUGCCUUCACCUAUAUCUCUGAAGAGAGAGCACAAACUGAUGUUGGAGAGGGUAGCAAGGCCACCGAGAACCCCUCCAUAGCUGUGGGUAGGAAGAGGAAGAGAGGGAACUUCAGUGAGGAUGAGAUGCUUAUGUUGACCAAUAUGUCUGAUGCAGUGAACAAUGUGGCUAAUGCCCUUAGAGAGACUGGACCUGCCCAUGUGGAUGCUAACCUCUACCUAGCUGUGAUGGAGAUGCCUGGCUAUUCUGAGGAGGCACUGAUUGUUGCCUACACCUUCCUCCUGGACAACAAGGCUCAAGGCAGGGGCUUUGUUCACAUGACUAAGGCACAUAGAAACAUUUGGCUUAGGACCUUCCUAGCCAAGAACUACUACAUGUAGGUGAAUUACAUGUUGGUGUGCGCCACCACCCACUCUCUCUUCCUACCCACUCUCUCUUUUGACUAUAGCUGGGAAUAGUUUGUUGUAGACAUUUUGGUGUGCAGUCUGGUUUACUCCCACCAGUCCUUUUGUCUAAUUUACCUAGGAGGGUGGCUAACAAUAGGUAACAUUUGGGUGGACACCAUUUGAACCCUAAGCUGUUGGGCUCAAACUUAUUGUAAGGCACUAUUUGUGUAGCCUCUGUUGGCUGCUGUGGUAAGUUUAUAUUAUUUCAUCCAUUUCAUACUAUGAUUGAAGUUUUUACUUGGCCAAUGAUGCUAUAUACACCAAUCUGAGGUGCAUUUGCAUUUGAUGUGUUGUACUGCAGCUGAGGCCCGUGUUUACUUGUGCUUUCCUUUAUUCCUAUGAUGACAUAAUUGCCAUUGAACCAUG